UUUCUCUUUAGAUCUCUCUUGAAGAGGGCUGGUAUAUUUGUGCCUGCUGGAGGUGGAAUUAACUGUAAGAAGGGGGAAGAGAUUGAAUGGAUUUACAGGAAGGAUUUCAAGUAAAUUCAGGGAAACACAUUUGCUUGAACAGUAUAACCUUGGAUCUUGUUUUACACUAAGACCAUACAAAAGAUGUUCAAGUUAUCACUAGGCUGCCGGACAAAUAAUUCCAACACCAAGGUGCAGAUCAGCGUAGAUCUGUGAUGCAGACCUCAGGAUUUGUUUUGGAAAGAGUUCAAGCGUUGAGAAGAAGUCAGAGCAAGUGAAGAGAACUUGGGAGCUACAGUCUAUCAGAAGACCAGCUUUCGUCAGUUCAAAUACCAAAGGCCUGAUUAUCAUAAAUUCACAUAGGAAUGCAUAGGUUAUUUGAUCAAAUAAUUUUAGCCAGCUUUUGCUACAUCAACGCCUCAAAAGUUCUUAACAACUGUGGAUAAUUAGAAAUCUGAAUUUCAACUUUCUUAGAAGUAACUACUCUUGACGUGUUCUAAAAUACUUAAAGCAGGGGAAGAAAAUGGACUGAGGGUGCUGUGUUCAGAAAUAUCACUGUCAUGAAGAAUAGGUGAAUUUAUUUUUACAUCUACUGGUGAAGUAUACCUCCAAGGAACCUGGAUUAUUAUUUUUUUUCCAAGUGGACAAGAAGGAUUAAAAAUAUCGACUUUUGCUUUUGUACAAAAAUGCAUUGGACUGUAAUUUUACUUAGGGGUAUUGUGGGCUUCCUCUGGAGCGGCUGGGCUCAAGUGGGUUAUGCAAAAGGAGGCUUGGGAGACAAUCACGUCCACUCCAGUUUUAUUUAUAGAAGACUACGGAACCAUGAAAGACGGGAAAUACAGAGGGAAAUUCUCUCUAUUUUGGGUUUGCCUCACAGACCCAGACCUUUUUCACCAGGGAAACAAGCAUCUUCUGCACCCCUCUUUAUGCUGGAUCUGUACAAUGCCAUGGCUAGCGAAGAAAAUCCUGAGGAGUCGGAAUAUUUGGUGAGGGUGUCCCUGGCUGGAGAAGCCAAAGAGACAAGAAAGGGAUACCCAGCCUCUCCCAAUGCGCAUCGUCUGCACUUACCUCCAAGGACUCCUCUGACUACCCAGAGCCCACCUCUUGCCAGCCUACAUGAUACCAACUUUCUGAAUGAUGCUGACAUGGUCAUGAGCUUUGUCAACUUAGUUGAAAGAGACAAGGACUUUUCUCAUCAGAGAAGGCAUUACAAAGAGUUUCGGUUUGAUCUGACCCAGAUUCCACAUGGAGAAGCAGUGACAGCAGCCGAAUUCCGGAUUUACAAGGACAAGGGCAACCAUCGAUUUGAAAAUGAAACAAUUAAGAUCAGCAUAUAUCAGAUCAUCAAGGAAUACACAAAUAGGGAUGCAGACCUUUUUCUGCUAGAUACAAGGAAGACACAAGCUUUAGAUGUGGGUUGGCUUGUCUUUGAUAUCACUGUGACCAGCAAUCAUUGGGUGAUUAAUCCACAGAACAAUUUGGGCUUACAGCUCUGUGCAGAGACGGGGGAUGGACGCAGCAUCAAUGUAAAAUCUGCUGGUCUUGUGGGAAGACAUGGACCUCAGUCAAAACAGCCGUUCAUGGUGGCCUUCUUCAAGGCCAGUGAGGUACUUCUUCGAUCUGUGAGAGCAGCCAGCAAACGGAAAAAUCAAAACCGCAAUAAAUCCAACUCUCAUCAGGACCCCUCCAGGAUGCCCAGUGCUGGAGAUUAUAAUACCAGUGAACAAAAACAAGCCUGUAAGAAGCACGAACUCUAUGUGAGUUUCCGAGAUCUGGGUUGGCAGGACUGGAUCAUAGCACCGGAAGGGUAUGCUGCAUUUUAUUGCGAUGGAGAAUGUUCUUUUCCACUUAAUGCCCAUAUGAAUGCCACCAACCAUGCCAUAGUCCAGACCCUGGUACACCUGAUGUUUCCUGACCAUGUUCCCAAGCCUUGCUGUGCUCCAACCAAACUAAAUGCCAUCUCGGUCCUGUACUUUGAUGACAGCUCCAAUGUAAUUUUGAAAAAGUACAGAAAUAUGGUAGUACGUUCGUGUGGCUGCCACUAGCUGGAAGUGCCUGUGAUAAUAACAAAACAGAUCUGUGCUAUGUUUAUGACUGCAAUAAAAAGCAGGGGAAUGGGGAAUUUCCUAAAAUCGACUGGGUCAUUUCAUCUCUCUAUGUAUGAUAUCAUGUAUAUACACUUCUUAUUUAUUUAAAAUUGUGUAUUCUCUUUUGGAUGCCUUACCAGUAAAACCUGUUAAAAAUCCCCCUAUUAUAUAUAAUAGAUUCCUAUUCUAACUUUUGUUGGGGUGUGAUGGGUUCAGUUAACUCUAUGCUAACAUUUUUCUCAAGGCUAAUAUAAAUAACUUUCUGAUAUUAAGUAGAAUUCCUUUGACAGCUUAAUGUUGAAGGGAAACGAAUACACCUUACACAUUGCACUAACUAAAACUAAAAUGGGAUAUCUAGAAAUAAAGUAACUAACAAUCAAAAUUUUAAAAACCACAUUGUUUACCAUUUGUGCUUCUUUGGCUAAAGUAAAAUGUGGAACUGGAUUCAAAUUAUUGAUCAGCUGGAACACUUUGUAAUUCUUUUAACUGUUCCCUUUAAUGGAAUUGGCAGAACUCUAGGAACAUGCUGCCUCUUGCUUCUGAUUGGCAGAUAUUUUUUUCUUUUUUUUUUCUUUUUUCUUGGUUUUUCUUUUGUUUUUAUUUUGCAAGAAGGUGAAAGCUUCAGGCUUGAGUCUUCCACCUGUUUCCAAACUGACCCAAAAAAGAACCUGAAAGAAAUCAGCCUGUCCAUUGUCUACUGCUACAGUGGGUUUUUUUUCUUUCUUUCUUAUUUAAAACUUAAUCCAAAGUAAAGAAAUAAUCACAUGCGUUCCAUUUCAUUCCCUACAGACAAGAGUCACUUCAUGCAUAAAAUGUGCUGGAAUUCAUCACACCAUCACAGUGUCUUGCUGUCAUUUGCCUUUAUAGUAGACCUUGCCAGCUGAUGUGAUAUAAGGGAUUUUAUUUAGGGUGAGAGUACUGACAUUAAACUGAAAAAAAAAAAAAAAAUCUCAGAGUUGCUUUGGCAGAAUCACCAUUUUCAAACAGCUAAAUCCCAUUUUUCACAUUUUUGGGAAUAAGAUCAGUGAAAAACCCCAAUUUUACAAAGGGAUUUUGGAAAACUUCCUCUGAGCAUGAGUAAGUAGGAUGGGGAAGGUUCUGGGGUAGUGUGAAGUGCGGUGUGUGUGUGCGCGUGUGCGCGCAGGUGUGUGCGUGUGUGCGUUCACGCACGUGCUUUUCUCUCUGAUGUUUAUUUAUUUCAUCUCUGUUGGAACGGUGACUGGUUACUAAGGUCUUUCUCCAGCCCACGCUGACUUUCUGAGGAGUGGGGCUCUAGUUGGUCACGCCCUACUUUUUGUGAACUCCGUGGUGAGGCUUGUAGCAAUCGACUGAAAAUAUUCACGGAGAGCCAUUCCCAACUCCCUACUUGUAGCUUUCAAGCAAGAAUCCAUCCUUAAUAAUUUUCAAACAUUGUGGCUUGUUUGUAAUUCAGAUAUUUUACAAUGUUGUUUUAAAACACAGUUUACAACAUAGAAACUAUGAUACUGAUGAUAUUGGGGGAUGCACUAAGUAAUAUAUUUUUAGUUAAUAAGUUAAUAGUGUAUCAAUGAGGAUAAGGCUAGAGAUUAAGAUAUAGUAUUCUAUUAUAUUAUUCUUUAAAUGUACUAUUUGGAUGUAUGUUUACAUUUAAAAUAUAUUAAACUCAUGAUGUCAAUCUC